CGGACUUGGAACAUCAGAAAAUAACAACAUCCUUUUUUCUUUCAAGGCGAAUUAAAAUGUAAUAACAUUAGAAAGAGCUAGCUCUCGUAUUCGAGACAGAAGGUGGUGUGAAAGUCUAGAUUAUUUUACUGGUAACUGCGCUCUCCGUGAAUGCAGCAGAGAUGUCUCCUCGCAGUUAAAGUUAGUCCCCCAAGCGGAGUAAUAUUGGUAGUAUUUACAGUGUGAUUAUUGCAUGCGUUCUUGGUACACAAGAUCGCGUGUACAGUUCAUUAUCUCUAGCACAGAAUUGUCUACUGCGUGCACCUACUGUUGUCGAUUGGUGUCAUCUGUGAACUCCCGAUGGUCCCGCCCCUGAAGACCCUGAGCUGAAUUUUCAUUGGAAGAAUGGAAUGCCAGUCUUUCCUACAAAAGUGAACACGCCAGGAGACUCCAGUGGUGACCCCCUGUUGAGACAGAGAUCAAAGGCAAGGAGGCUGAAGUCACUACGCUGGAACGGAAGAUUGCUUUAAACGAGCAAGUCCUUGUAGAAGGUUUUUAAGUCAUGAUGCAAGAAUCUGGUACAGAGGCGACAAGCAACGGUCCAGCCAGUCAGAACGGAGCAGCAAGCGUGGAGGGCGGAGCCAGGGACACAAGGCCCAAGAGCGUCACGUCAGUGGACGUCACGGCAGCUGACCUGAUCCAUCUCCAGCAGCAGCAGGCUCUUCAAGUGGCUAGGCAGAUCCUUCUACAGCAAAAACAGCAACAACAACAUCAACAACAACAACAACACCAACAACAACAGAGCCAGCAGCUGCAGCUUCAGCAAGGCACCGGUCUAAAAUCCCCCAAAGACAAUGAGAAUCAGCCAAGCCUACAGGUUCCAGUGUCAGUGGCUAUGAUGACACCCCAGGUAAUAACGCCUCAGCAGAUGCAGCAGAUCCUCCAGCAGCAGGUCCUGAGCCCUCAGCAGCUCCAGGUGCUCCUGCAGCAGCAACAGGCCCUCAUGUUACAACAGCAGCAACUCCAAGAGUUCUACAAGAAGCAGCAGGAACAGCUCCACCUCCAGCUCCUCCAACAGCAACAUGCGGGCAAGCAGAGUAAAGAGCAGCAGCAGCAGGCCCAGCAGUUGGCCUUCCAGCAGCAGCUCAUGCAGGUCCAACAGCUCCAGCAGCAGCACCUGGUCAACCUCCAGAGACAAGGCCUGCUCACCAUCCAGCCUGGACAGACCGCCCUGCCCCUGCACUCGCUCACUCAGGGCAUAAAUCCAGCAGAGCUUCAGCAGCUGUGGAAGGAGGUGACGAAUUUGAAGGAAGAGAACAGCAGCAGCAACAAUGGCCGCCGCGGCCUGGACCUGUCCUCGCCACAACCCCCCAAGAAUCCCCUCCUCAACCAACACGCCUCCACCAAUGGACAGUACAUGAGCCAUUCUCUGAAGAGAGAAGGAUCCACGCUAGACGACUACCAACUGUCUCACCACAGUCACCCGCUCUAUGGGCACGGGGUGUGCAAGUGGCCUGGAUGCGAGGCAGUGUUUGAGGACUUCCAGUCAUUCCUGAAGCAUCUCAACAAUGAGCACGCCCUGGACGACAGGAGCACAGCCCAGUGUCGGGUACAAAUGCAGGUUGUACAGCAGCUGGAACUACAGCUAGCGAAAGACAAAGAGCGUCUGCAAGCCAUGAUGACGCAUCUCCACGUCAAAUCCACGGAGCCCAAACCCACCCCACAGCCACUCAACCUGGUGUCCAGCGUCACCCUGUCCAAGACAGCCCCCCCUGAGGCCUCGCCCCCCCUGAGCCUGCCCCAGACCCCCACCACCCCCACGGCCCCCCUGACGCCCCUGUCCCAGGCCCACUCCGUCAUCACCCCCAACAGCCUCCACCACAGUGUGGGCCCCAUGCGCCGGCGCUACUCUGACAAGUACAACAUGCCAAACUCCCCAGAUAUUGUCCAGAACAAAGAGUUCUACAUGAAUGCUGAAGUCAGACCUCCCUUCACGUAUGCCUCAUUAAUACGCCAGGGUAUCCUUGAAUCACCGGAAAAGCAGCUAACACUAAAUGAAAUUUACAACUGGUUCACACGAAUGUUUGCAUAUUUCAGGCGCAACGCUGCAACAUGGAAGAACGCAGUCCGGCAUAAUCUUAGUCUUCACAAGUGUUUUGUGCGAGUAGAAAACGUUAAAGGGGCUGUGUGGACAGUGGAUGAACUAGAGUUCCAAAAGAGAAGGCCACAAAAGAUCACUGGAAGUCCAGCCUUAGUGAAAAACAUCCAGACCAGCUUGGGCUAUGGUCCGGCUCUCUCUGCAGCCUUCCAGGCUUCAAUGGCAGAAAACAAUAUACCUCUAUACACUACUGCUUCCAUUGGAAGUCCUACCCUCAACUCCCUGGCGAAUGCCAUCCGAGAGGAGAUGAUUGGAGCGAUGGACCAUGGAAACAGCAACGGCAGUGACAGCAGUCCAGGACGCUCUCCCUUGCCAGCUAUGCAUCACAUUAAAGAGGAACCGCUGGACCCAGAGGACCACGAAGGCCCCCUCUCCCUGGUGACGACGGCCAACCACAGUCCAGAUUUCGAUCACCACAGAGAUUACGAUGACGACCAGGGCCACGAUGACAUGCUGUAAGGUCGGGCCCCCAGGGGCCUCUCCCAGAGGCAGAACUAACCUUAGUCAUCUGUGAGACGCCACAACGUCACAGAUAACACAGAUACAAGACUGCAGUCUCAGUCCUCUGAUCACAGCUAUCAAAUGUUUCCAAUUGACUUUUAGUGCCAUUAAAUACAUAGUGAAAAACAAAAGAAAGAGAAUACGUCCCACAUGGGAGUAUUUUUGAUUUAUAUCUACUGUUUGGUUUAAGUGAGCGAAAAUAAGAAAAAAAAGUAAUUUCUACUCAACAUGCGUUGGAUGGACAUGUUUGGUACUGGGGACUUCUUCUUGGUCAGCGUGCUAGCUUCAAAUCCAGUAUGGACUUGGACCUGCACUGUGCAGCCGUAUGGAUUGCAUUCAACCACACUGAGCACGGACUGCAGAGCGGUUCUCUCUCUCUCUCUCUCACACACACACACAAACACACACACAUGCCCAUAAACUCAAGAGAUAUUGAAUGGCGUUUAAUUUACACUGUGUGUGUGUGUGUGUGUGUGUGUGUGUGUCUCUGUGUGUGUGUGUGUGUGUGUGUGUGUGUGUGUGUGAGUGUGGAUUUAGUUCAUGGUCACUGCCUUCAAAACUUAAUUGGUUUGCUUCCAUCUAGGGUGGGAGGGAUGUUUUUUGGUGUGUUUUGAGGGUGAGGGGUUUAAAAUGUAAACUAUGUAUUUUUCAUUGUUCAUUGCUGUUGUUGUUGCAUUUGAUUUCUUUAACUGGUCAGACCUCAUGCCCAUGCUGUGGAGAUUCUGUAUGGUCAGCAUUUAAUGAUGGAUGUUUAGGAGUUCCUUUCUUGUUGUUUCCUCAUUUUUUUACAUGAAGCAGAAUGUCAAAUACCAAGUAGUAUUUUUCUGUCAUUUAUUCCACAUGCUUCAGAAUGCCACCUCUCUGACAUGUAGUCCAUCCCCACCCCAACCCCCCAAGCUCAUGAAGUCCAUCUGCAAUGCACUACUCGUAAUGAAGGCUCUCUCCACGCAUCAAUGAAGUUUAAUGUAAGAUGGGGAUGAAUGACAGAGAAAUCAUGCAGGUUAUGAUUUAUCCUCAUGAAAUUAUAUUUUAAAACAGCCCUUCACGGCAGUGCGUUAGCUGCAACCAAAUUUCUGAUCAUUCGCAAGCUCCCGGUUUUAGAAAGAAAAUGAAAUGUGAGGUGUGCAGUACAAUCAUAAUAUUUUAGACCAACUAAUUGUGAUUCCUGAACACAACUGUCAUUGUAGAUUAAACAUGUCUAGUUUUCCACACUGUAAUUUCAAUCAUGGAAGGAUUGUUUGGCCUUGCUUGAAGAUAUCAAAGUGAUUUUUUUUACCAUAUGCAUGACCAGUUGGCUCUCAAUUUCUUUUGUGAUUAUUAAUAAUUACACAUAUCAGAUGAAAUAUGAAUGUUCUUAAUUUAGGGAUAAUCCCAAGACUGGCAAUUAGGCCUGAUCAUUAUUUAAUUCCAGUAUUGGCAGCCAUGUUUACGCCCACACACCACAAGGUAACUGAUGAUCUGGGUACUGUUCAGGGUCAACAUCAGCAGAACCCAAUGACUAAGUCAGAGUAGUAAUGUAGGCCCUGCAAUAGGGUGGAUGGGAUUGAUGCUGAGGCUGUGAGGCUGAACACAAAUGGGCUUGAUCCUAGGUUUGGUUUAUGAUAUGAAACAGGCUCAUACAAAGACUCACAAACAUGACUUCUUAAAGACUGCAACCAACCACUUUGCAUUUUUUAUUUAUUAUUAUUUCUUUUUUUAUUUGUAACUUUUGUUUUUAGUUGUUGAUGUUUCUAAAACCUUGUUCUGUGACAACCAAAGAUAAACUACAAAGUAAAAACGAUGUUCUCUGUUCCAUGCAAUAGCAGAUAAGGCCAAAUAUCCUCCAUUCUCUCCCAUUGGAUGUGAAAGGAUCUAAAGAUGGAGUCUCAGCUGUGUCAAACCAAUGGCACAUUGAUUAGUGAGGACACUCCUCAAACUGUCUGACUGUCAUUAGCUUUAAAGCCAAAGGGGUCUCUUGUUGAGUGCAGUAACUGCAGGACUUUGCAGUGACCACAACUGAAAGGGAGAUGCAGAGUCAGACAAACAUUACCAAAUUAUUGGAACAUGUUCUUUGGGCCAAUGAGAGGAAAAGGCAUCACUCUGUCUAUCAGCAGCAGAUUACUGUGCAACAUAAGGGGAUGAAAGGAUAUUAUGAUCAUAACGAGGGUUUAACAGUAGACAGGAGAGCUUUGUAGAGAACAAUGUGAAAAGGAUUCUAUACUUCAACUGGACCACCCAAUGAUUCAAUAUUUUGUUUAAUUUUUUAUUCUUUAUGAAUUUGUAAACUUUCCAAUGAUUGUAUGCCACUUUUUAGUGAGUCCUGCUAUCUUGGCGGGAUUGUACUGUUCUUUGUUAACAUUGGCAAGGCUUUAUGAUUGUGUUUAGUUUCUGUCAACGUUUUACUUUUUAUAUUAAAAAACACUCCUGUCAACUAAUAAGCUGGGUACAAAGUAUUUUAUGGCAGUUAUUUUAACAUUUCACCAUGCAUUUACUAUUACAGAUGAAAAGGGCAAUCUGUGGUUUUCAGAAAAUUUAUUUAAUAUCCAAUAGCAGGCAGCUGUGGGAUGGGUCAGUAACAGCCGGACUGGGAUCGUGAGAACAACUCGAGCUCAUCCAAAGCUAGUCUUUUGCUGGUUUGCUUGGUAUUCUAAAGGGGGGAAAGCUGGUAGAUUAGAACAUUCUCAGUAUGUGUAGCUUGACAUUACUAAAGAUAAAAGCCUGCGACAACUGUACGCAUACCUCAGUUCAAACCUAUAGGGAAUGAUUAAAUUAAAAGAGAAAAAAAAACUCACUCAGUUGCACUUAGUUCUAUGUCUUGCAUGUGUAGUCUAAAACUGCGAUUUCUUUGUUGUAAAAAAGACUCGAAAAUUACACAACCUUGUUUUUCUUGAGGGUCUCACAAUCCAAACCGUAGGGCUUUUUUUGUGAAGAAAUCACCCAGCUUUAUUUGAUCCCAUUUUCCACAAUCUAUUGUCAUUAGUUUGGUGAUGGGCUUUCCAACAGUAGGGUGUACGUACAUGUCAGCCUUGUCUUAUUCUUGUCCUUUUCUUUCCUUGUCUCUUUCAAAGAUCAAAAAUGCAUUUGUGUUAUUAUUUUUGCUUUAUCACAACUGCUUUGUAUUAACUAUAAAAUAGCUAUGAAAAACUGCUGUAUGUAUUGGAAUAGCAAACUGUGCUGCAAAUGUAUUUUACUUAGUAAUCCUUGCUUAAAAAAAAGUCAUACAUGCAGGGUGGGGGAUUAUCCCAGAUUUGGGAUUUUAAACUGUAAAAUACAAAACAGACUUUUCUCUGUUAUCAUUGACCUAAGCAUUUUGUACAGAUUUUUUUCUGCCUUGUGUUAAGCUGUUUUUGAUACUUCCUUUUGAUGGUCUAACCACUGCCUUCUGUGGCUAUAUGUUAAACAUUACUGCUCAGAGAAAGGGCAGACAGGUAUAUUUCCUCUACAAGAUGGAGAUAUCUUGCAUGACUAAUUCCAGGGUCAAAGAGAUGAAAAAUAAUGGUUAAGUGGUCAGUAAUAAUAUUUGGGUGUAUCAAUCUAAUGAUAUUUUAUAUGAAACAAAUAGGAAAGAUAGGAAAAAUAUGCAGUGCCAAGAUGUAAAGAAUAUUUGUUAAAUGCUUUGUUUUUUUCCCCAGAGGAAUCCAUUCAUUCAUGCAUACAGUGAGGGAAAAAAGUAUUUGAUCCCCUGCUGAUUUUGUACAUUUGCCCACUGACA